AUGUUGAACACCAAGGUCUGCAUAUUAAGAUGGGUACGUCAGAAUUUAGCUGCCUGGAUUAAUAAGUUAGAGUGUAAUGGUAAUGUAGAAAAGCAACAUGAAUUUAAAAAGAAAUUUAUUCACAAUUUAAAAACAUCAGCCAUCGCCAUAGAAACAGAUAAAGCCAAUGAACAACAUUACGAAGUUCCAACAGAAUUUUACCUCACUGCGCUGGGGAAAAGAUUAAAAUACAGUGGUUGUUACUAUCCAGAAGGUGUAACUGAUUUAGAUCAAGCUGAAGAAAUUACAUUAAAACAGUAUUGUGAACGGGCCAAGAUAGAAGAUGGUCAAACUGUGUUGGAUUUGGGUUGUGGCUGGGGAUCAUUUGGUCUAUAUGUAUGUGAGAAGUAUCCAAGAUGUCAUGUGACUUGUGUGUCCAAUUCCAGUACCCAGAGAGAGUAUAUCGUACAGGAGGGUGUAAAGAGAGGUUAUGGAGAUCGUCUAGAAUGCAUUACUAAUGAUGCUAAUUAUUUCAACACAGCUAAAAGAUUUGAUAGAAUAGUUUCUAUUGAGAUGUUUGAGCAUAUGAAGAAUUAUGAGUUGUUAUUCCAAAGAGUGUCCACAUGGUUAAAACCAGCUGGGUUGUUAUUUAUACAGAUAUUAUGUCAUAAGCAACAUGCGUAUAAUUUUGAUACCAAGAAGGGUUCUGACACAGAAUGGAUGGCGAAGAAUUUUUUCUCUGGUGGGACAAUGCCCUCUGUUGAUUUAUUUCUUUAUUUUCAAAAUAACGUGUCAAUAGUAGAAAAUUGGAUUAUAAAUGGAACUCAUUAUUCCAAGACUCUAGAAGCCUGGCUAGAAAAGAUGGAUGCCAACAAAACAAAAGUGAAAGAAAUUUUUACUAAAGGUUAUGGAGAGGAGGCAAAGAAACAGAUUUUUAAUUUUAGACUUUUUUUUAUUUUUUGUUCGGAAGUAUUUGGAUAUAGAGAUGGCAAUGAAUGGUUGGUUGCUCAAUAUUUGUUUAAGAAAAAAAUUCCAAGUGCUCUUUGAAUAUGUAAAGGCAGCUAUGUUGAAUAAAAUUUGUUAAUUAUU